AUGGUGUCGAGCAAGACUGCGCUCUCCAGGAUGGGAGCCCACCUCACUCUACGCGCGCGUGUCCUCGCACCGUCCGCCUCAAGAACCACUACGACGACGACGACGACGACGACGACAACAACAACUCUCACGACGCGAUUCGUCCGAUACUAUGCAGCCUCAAGUUCAAGGACAAGCUCGAGGACGAACACAAACACACCGUCCUCCGACUCCCCCAUCAAAGUCCUCACCCACCCGGCCCCCCACAACGGGCAGAUCAAGGUCCUCCUUUUAGACCGGCCGGCAUCGCGCAACGCGCUCUCCCGCCGACUCAUCACCGACCUGAGGUCUCAACUCAGCCAGAUCCAAUCCGAGCACUCCACCGCAAACGCAACCUCGUCUUCUCCAUCGUCUUCGUCCUCGUCCAGCAGCAGCAGCAGCACCACCGCCACCGCCACAUCUCCCACGACGCGGGCACUCAUCAUUGCGUCGUCCAACGACAAGGCCUUCUGCGCCGGCGCGGACCUGAUCGAGCGCAAGUCCAUGACGGCGGAGGAGACCCGGGCCUUCCUCGCCGAGAUGCGGUCGACGUUCGCGCUGCUCUCGCGGCUGGCGGUCCCUACCGUCAGCGCCGUCUCGUCCGUGGCGCUCGGCGGCGGCCUCGAGAUGGCGCUCUGCACGACGUUCCGCGUCUUCGCCACGACCGCCGUCGUCGGCCAGCCCGAGACGAAACUCGGCAUCAUCCCCGGCGCGGGCGGCACGUACCGGCUCCCGGCCCUCGUCGGGCCCAACCGCGCCCGCGACCUGAUCCUGACCGGCCGCCGCGUGGGCGGGAGGGAAGCCUACUUCCUCGGCCUCUGCAACCGCCUCGUCGAGGUCGGAGAAAACGAAGUUGUCGGCGGCGGUGGUUCCGGCGGCAGAGCGACCCGAGAGGGUGAGGGCGAGAGUGGGAGUACUCCCGCGGUGCCCGCCCUCGCCCUGGCUCGCCAAAAGGUCCUGGACGCGAGCAUGGACCUGGCCCGCGAAAUCUGCGACGGCGCCCCCGUCGCCGUCACGCAGGCCAUGCGCGCCGUCGACGGCUGGACGAGGGGCGAGGCCUCGGAAAACGAGGCCUACGAGGUCGUCCUGGCCACCGAGGAUCGACUGGAGGCCCUCAGGGCCUUUGGGGAGAAGAGGAAACCCGUUUUCAAAGGGCGCUAG